GGGCGGCUCCUCCGGGGCCUCGCUGAGCCCCCCACCUCGGGGAAAUCAUCACACACCCCCCCAACACACACACACCUCCCCGAGCAUGGCGCAAAGCUCCGGGCGCGGAGGAGCCGAGCGCGGCGAGCCUCCGGGCAUCGGCACCGUAACCUACGUGUUCGUUUACAGCCCCGCCGGCCCCGCCGGGCCCCCCGCCGCCGGUCCCGGCAGCGAGCCCGCUCCUCACGCCGCUCCCGCUCCUCUGCGAGGGCCCAAGCGGAAGCUUUACAGCGCCGUGCCCGGCCGCAAGUUCAUCGUGGUGAAGAGCUACGCGCCGCAGGGCGAUGGCGAGAUCCAGCUCAACCGCGGGGAGGCCGUCAAGGUGCUGAGCAUCGGCGAGGGCGGAUUCUGGGAAGGAUCCGUGAAGGGCAGGAGCGGCUGGUUCCCGGCGGAAUGCGUGGAGGAGGUGCAGAUGCGCCAGUACGACUCCAGGCAAG